GUCUAGUCUUGUUAAAUCUGUAGUCACUGGUCACUGUGAACUAGGUUCAGUACAGUUCAGUAUAGAUCGUGAAUUUUGAGUGAUGAGUUGGUUUUCACUUAGUUUAAUUAUUUACCUUUAAUUUCUAAAGAUUAUAGUUCCCAGUACCAAGUAGUGUUAUAUCUGCAGUAUUUUGUUUUGAAAGGCACGAAUCGUUUGAAAAUUGUAUACGUAGGCAACAGGUGUCUAAUAUCGCACAUGUUUCGUUUUGAUAGUGGUGGCAAUUUUUCCUUCAAAAAUUAAACAAACAAAUUAAUGCGAUAACUUCUUAUCAAGAGUAUUUUGCAUCAUGCGUAAAACGAUCAAUACAAUUUUAUGGAAAAGUGUCUUUAACAAAGUCUAACAUUCGAAGUACAAUAAUCGUGCUUUAUCAAUCAAUUCCCUAAAAUGGAAUACGAUUAUCUUAUUAAAUUUUUGGCCCUUGGAAACUCUGGAGUGGGUAAAACAAGUUUUCUGUAUCAGUAUACUGAUGGUACAUUCGAUUCCCGUUUUAUAUCCACUGUCGGCAUUGAUUUUAAGGAAAAACGGGUGAUAUACCAGACAGCAAAUGGUAGAACUCAACGUGUGCAUUUACAGCUGUGGGACACAGCUGGCCAAGAGCGGUUCAGAAGUUUAACUACAGCCUUUUACCGGGAUUCCAUGGGUUUUCUUCUAAUUUUUGAUCUAACCAACGAGUUGUCUUUUCUUGAAGUUAGAAAUUGGCUGGAACAACUUAGGACUCACGCAUAUUGCGAAGAUCCAGACAUAAUUCUCUGUGGAAACAAAUCCGAUCUCGAAGACAAACGGGUUGUUAGUGAACAUAAGGCCCGGGAAUUAGCAGAGAAGCAUGGCUUGGUGUACUUGGAAACAAGCGCAGCGACCGGCCAGAACGUGGCACGUGCCGUGGAGAUACUUUUAGAUCGUGUAAUGCGAAGGAUGGAAAGCACCGUGGACAAGUCAUUAUUGCCUCACCAAAGAGUUUUACGGUGCCACGAGCGCGAUACAUCGCCUCCGAGCACUUCCUGUUACUGCUGACACCGUCCCUUCGUGUAGCUGAAUAAAUUGUCUCCAUCUACCAACUUACGGUUCAGGUGGCAUCGUGCAGCUCACAUUUUAUUCAGCUAUCUCUUGUUGUUCAACGUUCGACACGUGCUGUUUAACGCGUACGCGCAGCAGAAUAUUGAUCGUCCCGAAUAAAGGAAUGAAAAUUGCAAUGGACCAGUUUUUCCUAUCAAUUAUCCUAUUAUUCGGUGGCUUGGCUUGCGCACUUACGAUUAAUCUGGCGAAGGGAUGAUCGACGUUCCGCUGUACGUCUAUGAAACCGUUGAUCAACUGUCUCGUAAAUUGCACAUUUCUGCAUUGUCGUUAAUUCUACACAUCCAUACGUACAUACAUAUUGUCGUCGUCUUCCAUGAUCGGUUCCCUUACGAUUAGUACGGAAUUGUUUUGACCGCAAACCGUAAACUUGUACCUUUGACGUAUACAUUUGUCUUUUACUCUUCCGCAAUUAUGCGAUUUACCUGUCACCAUCGUACGCACAACGUGUUCAAUAGGAUAUUCAGGGUGUCUUUUAAUGUCUUAGGGGUGGGUUUAGCAAUUUGGGUUUGAAACAGUAUAUCAAUAUAUUGUUAGUCUCUGUUCAUUCGCCAAAAAUUGUGAUACGCGAACUAUGAUUACAUAAGGAAACGAGAGAGUGAUUUUUGAUUAUAAAUAUAUAUGUACGUGUAUUUUUGAUGCUGUUAUUAUGUUUAACCAAAGUUACUUAUCAUCUAGUCGUUAAGUAUUGUGCUGAGAAUACAAUCAAAAUAUUAUCUGGUGCACGAUGUUUCUACUGUUGUUAACCAAAUGAUAAUCAAAUUUAUCUAUGUCACAAGGAUACCAUUAUUCCUUCUAACUUCCAUGAAGGAAUAUUGGAAAAUAUCUAUACGAGAGACUUUGAUGCCGAGAGGCACGAAUUCCCGCGUGAUUUAUAAGUUUGAAACGUUUCAUGGUUCAAAUCCUUAUGCUGCUCAGCAUCUCAGUUUUUCAUUUACAUAGACAUUUUAUGUAUGUCGCGAAUAGAAUUGUAUGUUGUUCCUUUUCAAUUUAUACAUUUGCGAGUUACAAUUGAUCGAAAUGGGCACGUAAAGUUUGGGGAUAAUAACUUCUCUAGUUGUUUGAUAGUUCAAGAGAAGGAUAUAAGAUUAAAGUUUCAACGACACCCGAAUAGCAACCACGAUAGAAGUUUCCAUGAAAAUGAAUCUCAAAAUGUUUCGUGUUACUUUCAAUGCAUAACCUUUCCGUUAGAUCGCGAAUUUGAAACGAUAGAGAUACUUGGAGUUAUUGCCCCAUUUUGUGCAUCGUGUCAUGCAUCGAGGUGAUAAAAGAAGAUUGCACCAGUCUUAUCCGUUUCUCAGUGAAAUAUUCUCGUGCACAUUGUCAGUUUACUACGAUCUCGAGAACUACGUGAAAUGAUGACGAGUGCAAUUAUAAAUCAGGGUAGUAGAUCUUCGAAAAGGUUGAUUACGAUUUUAUACGAAUUUCGAUGUGUUCAAUUUUGGCUAGAUCAUAGUAAACUAAUAAGAUGUGCGAGCGUGUCUUUCAAGAUUUUUCAUAGAAGAAUUAAAACAAUUAUUAUUAAAUAAAACUGAGGGAUGCAAGAAGAGCGCUCUACCGUGCAUACGUACUUGUCUGUUUUAUAAAUUGUAAUGUGCCUCGGCAGUAAUUUAUUUGAAAAACAACUUCUUUAACAAAUAAAUGUUCUAUGAUUCUGCUUUAA